AUGCACCCGACUUUCACUACCCUAUCUAUACUGGCAGUAGCCUCUUUAGCUGAUGCUGCUGCCAUUGAAGCCCGCUCACAGAGCUCAACUCCACUGACUCCCAGUCCCUCAGCUACCGCAACCGGAGUUGAUUGGUUUCAGACCACGCCCGAGAGCUACCAGGGCACGACUGCAACCGGGGUUGCUCCCUUCUUAGCCGAGACAAAUCCUGCUCCGUUUGGACAAAAGACACUGUCUCCCAAUGACCCGCUGGAAACAAGUGAGCCGAUCAAGGGGGCCGCUGGCCGCAAUAUAUUCCAUUACAUGGGCAACCUAAGUCCUUAUCAUGUACCCGAUGGCUUUGGAGUGGAUGAAUAUCCUCUCCCGCAAGGAUCUAACAUCACCCAAAUGCAUAUGAUUCACCGCCAUGGUUCUCGGUAUCCUUCAUCCUCAGAAGGUCUGGCUUCAUGGGCCCAGAAGAUCAUCAAUUCUACGGCUAGUGGUAACAACUUCACGGGCGCACUUUCUUUCCUGAACGAUUGGGACUACGGACUGGGGUUAGAGAUCCUCGUCCCCAAAGGCCGUCAGGAGCUCUAUGACAGCGGCGUCCUAAACUUCUACAACUACGGGCACCUCUAUAAUUCCAGCUCGACCCGUAAGCUCGUAGCGCGCACCACCACCCAGGACCGCAUGCUCAAAUCCGCAGAGAACUUCCUCGCAGGCUUCUUUGGCCUUGAAUGGACAGAAAAGGCCAACCUACUACCAAUAAUAGAAGGUGUUGGCUACAACAACUCCCUAAUUGGGACUUACUCCUGCACCCGCGCACUAGAGUACAUGGCAUACAAUGCCACCACACCCCUAUCAACAUGGAAAAACAUCUAUCUCAAAGAGCGCACCGAAGCACUCCACACCCUGACUGGAUCCUACAACUGGACCACGACCGACAGCUACAACGCGCAGAGUAUGUGCGCCUACGAGACCAUCAGUUACGGCUACAGCCGCUUCUGCGAGCUUUUCACCUUUGAAGAAUUCGAAAACUUCAGCUACUCCUUCGACAUCGAAUUCUCCAACAUGGUCGGAUUUGCCUGUCCCGCGGGCCGCGCGCAGGGAAUUGCCUGGGUAGAGGAAUUUCUCGCCCGUGUGGAGGGUCACUUACUCCAGACUACAGGCACCAAUGCCAAUAUGACCCUGGACACGAAUCCUGUGACGUUCCCAACGGAUCAGAAUCUCUACCUUGACUUCUCGCAUGAUGCGGGUAUAGUCGCUGUUCUCACUGCGUUUGGAUUCAGUCAGUUCGCCCAGUAUCUGCCUCCUACUGGACCUCCUCUAUACCAGCAGUUCAAGGCUAGUAACAUUGUUCCUUUUGGUGGACGGACGAAUAUUGAGAUCAUCAAGGCGCCUCAUAAAGUGUCUGCUACGCGUCCUGCGGGUGAUCAAGGAAAUGCCUAUGUGGAUGGUACUGGGGAAACGUUCUACGUUCAUUUUUUGCAGAAUCAGCGUACGCUUCCUCUGCAUUCUAGCUUUGCGGAUUGUGAGUAUCGUGAUGAUGGUUGGUGCGAGCUGUCUACGUUCAUGAAUGUUCAGAAGAAGAGUUUGGAAAGAUCUCAGUUUGAGUAUGCUUGUUUUGGUAAUUGGACUGUGACUGAGUAUGGGACUGUUACUGAUGGUGUUCCGGUUUGA